GCGGCCGGUGCGCGCGGCGCAGAGCGGGCGGCGGGAGCGGCGGUGUUGGAGGUGUGCGGCCGAGGGGCCCUUCCCGCUCCUCGGCUCGGCUCGGCUCGGCUCGGCUCGGCUCGGCUCGGCUCGGCUCCGGCGCCCGUUGCACCGCGCUGCGUUAGCGGCGCCGCGAGAGGCAGGGGAAGUGAACCGCUGAGACCGCGCAGCUGCCCCGAGGGAGCGCUCACCAUGUCGCGGCCGCUCCCGCUGAACCCCACCUUCCUACCUCCCACCUACGGCGUGUUGAAGUCGCUGCUGGAAAACCCGCUCAAGUUGCCGCUCGCUCACGAAGACGCAUUCGGUAAAGAAAAAGACAAAGAGAAGAAGUUAGAUGAUGACAGCACCAGUACCACAGUCCCUCAGUCGGCUUUCUUGGGUCCAACAUUAUGGGACAAGACACUGCCAUAUGAUGGAGACACUUUCCAGUUGGAAUACAUGGACCUGGAAGAAUUCCUCUCGGAAAAUGGCAUUCCACCAAGCCCAAACCAGCAUGAGCAUAGCCCGCACCAGUCAGGUCUCCAGCAAGCUACCUCAGGAUCACCUUCAGUCAUGGACCUCAGCAGCAGGGCUUCUACUUCAGUCCAUCCAGGCAUGGUGUCGCAGAACUGCAUGCAGAGCCCAGUCAGACCAGGUCAGAUCUUGCCAGCAAACCGAAACACACCGAGUCCCAUUGAUCCUGAGACUAUCCAAGUUCCUGUUGGCUACGAACCUGACCCUGCAGAUCUUGCUCUUUCCAGUAUUCCUGGCCAGGAGAUGUUUGACCCUCGUAAGCGCAAGUUCUCUGAAGAAGAGCUGAAACCACAGCCAAUGAUUAAGAAAGCUCGCAAAGUCUUCAUUCCAGAUGACCUGAAGGAUGACAAAUACUGGGCAAGGCGCAGAAAGAACAACAUGGCUGCGAAGCGAUCGCGGGAUGCGCGCCGCCUGAAGGAGAACCAGAUCGCCAUCCGCGCCUCCUUCCUGGAGAAGGAGAACUCGGCUCUGCGCCAGGAGGUGGCCGACCUACGGAAAGAGCUGGGCAAGUGCAAGAACGUCCUUGCAAAGUACGAAGCUCGGCACGGGCCCCUGUAAAUCGAAAAGGAGGCAAUGGGGGGGGUUCUUUUUUCUUUUUUCUUUUUUCUUUUUUCUUUUUUCUUUCGUUGCGGGUUGGCAUUUGACUAGAUGGACAAUGUGUUUCCUGUUUGAUAGCACCACACCCAAACCAACCUUUCUGUCUUCAGCACUUUACCAGAAGCAGAAACAAAACUGACUUAACGUUACUUCUUCUUUUGUUCGCGUAUGCGUGUACCUGCGUAUGUGUGUUCACACGUCUGUACCUGUGUGUAUGUGUGCAUGUGUGUGUGCGUGUGCGUGCGCAUCUCAGCACUUCCCAUUUUUAUGAAGCCCUCUUCAAAGGGUGCCACAUUUUUACCUGGACUGUUGAGAACCGCCACAGUAAGCUUUUUAUUACAUAUGGGUUUUUUUUUUUUCAGUGCUGCUUCAAAGUAGGGUUUUUAUGUUAUUGUAACCAGUUCCAUCCUCCUGAUUGACUUGGAAAGAUUCCAGUAUAAAUUAAAAAAAAAAAAAAAAAAAAAAGGAAAAAAAAAAAAGAAAAAAGGAAAAAAAAGGAAAAAAAAAAGAAAAAAGAAAAAAAAGUAGAUCUCAGUUUUUUGGAGAGUAACGAGCUCGUGUUUGAGUAUGUCUAAUCAGAAACGUUAACAUGCUAAUAAAGUGCACAGAUAAUUUAGUACUACACUGCAGAAAUAUUAAUUUAUAGAUUGCUUUCGUUGUAUUUUCAGUUUUGGUGGUAAUUGUCUUCAGAUUUAAAAAGUGCUGUUAGACUGAGUUAGCUGUACUCAUUAUAGAGCCCAUAAUGGCUUCUCUGUAGCUCUUAAGGUUCCUUUUCUUUCCACAGACCCCAGGUAGGUAGGAGUCCUGUCGAUGGACCACAGAGUGUGUAUUUGCACUGUCUGUACCUGAAGCAAUAAUCCUAUUGUAUGCUAGCACGCAUGCUGCCCAGGUGUUCCUAGUGGACGUAGGGUGGUUUCCCUCCCCAACAGGAGUUUUUAAUGUCUUUAACAAAAAGCUAAAAGGUAAAAGCCACCUUCACGUGAGCAUGCUAAUUGUGUCCCUGCUCUAAGGAGCGCAUUUGUGAGAAGCAGGAUAAUUAGUUGAAACGAGAACAAAAUUAAUAGUAUCAAAUCAGAGCCGAUGUCGAAAUCAGAGGGGCUUUUCUGUUUUCACUUAGUUAUGCAUUUCUUCAAGUUCCAUUUUGUGAUUAAAAAUUAAGUAAAUACCCUGAUUAAUUUGGUUUUUUCCCCCAUGUUUUGUAACAUAUUUUCUGUGGAUUAUAUCUUGCUGUUUUAAAGAUCACUUUUAUUCAGUUAGAAGAAGUCACUGGUUUGCAAAGCCCAUUUUUCCUAGUGAUUGUUGUUUUGAGUGUGACAUGAACUGAUGGUUCUGAACUUUAUUGUUUUAAACUC